CGGGCGCGCCGCUCCCGCCCGCGGCUGCGGCCGACGAUCGGUGCUGCCCCGCCGGGCUCAGUGCCUGGGGCGGGCCCGAGGGGCGGCAGCGGGCGCGGCCCGGCUUGGUGCACCCCUGCCACACGCCGGCUCACGACGCUGUUUUUCCUUAUUUUCUUUUCCCUGCCCCCGUCUCGGUGGGGACAAGCCCAGCCGUGGUGGGGAUCAGAGGAGAGGGCGCUGAGGCCUGCCCGCCAGCGGAGUCACCUGCAGCAGCCAGAGCCAGCCCGGGGCCCGCAGAGGAGCAGCGCCCGGGCCGCAGGGGGAGAAGGGGCGCUGAGGGAAGGCGCUGGGGGCACUGAGCAGCGCUCAUGCACGCCCAGCAACCAAGGGAACACCGGCACAGCCUGGCCGUGCACACCGCGGUACUGCUGGGCAGCGGGGCUGUGUGCAGCUGGGCACAAAGUCGCUUUCACUCAAAGGUACGAAAAGAAACAAAGCGCAUGAAAGGAAGGAAGGGCCCUCAGCGCUCAGCAGCCAGGAGACCGCUGAGGACAGGGACCUGCCGCUUCCGCGAUGCUGCGCAGGAGGUCUGUGGUAGGAAUUGCCAGAGCUCUUGCUGCCUGCUUCCAGUUUAGGAGAUUCACCACCCUCUUUUUGCUCAUUCCCUUUUCCACAGUCAAAGAGCAUAAAGCACAAAAUGCCUUCUAUCGAGCAAAAGACAAACAAAGAAAUGCAGCCAUCCAAAACCCAAGCCAAAGUGCAUCUGGCUUGGGAUGAAUACUGGACCAUGUCAGCUGGGAGUGAGAAUUUUUCAGAAGGCUGGACUCCAGUCCAAAACGGACCCUGUCAUUUGGAGUCUGAAUAUGAAAACAGCUUGCAAAACAUUUUUUCAAGCUUCUGACAAAAGAGCUGGUCUUUCUUUUGCUCUGGUAUCUAGGCUACAUUGUGCAGGCUCAUGCAUAUCACUGGUUUUAUUCACAUGAGUAAUUCCAUUUGAAUUUGGAGCGACAACGUGUAUGUGUAAAGUUACUCAUAUGCUUUCUGUCUCUUUUAUAUCUUGAAAUUUUAUGGGGUUUUUUUUUCCAUUUGAUGGUGCAGCCCAGUAACUGUUGGCUUCAAGGUUAUAGUGAACCAUCACAGUUAUUAUUACUGUUUGUCAGCUGACACCUUUGUUUUCCUUGCCAGACUAAAAUGCAGCUAUUCCUCUCUAUGCAAUCUAUUUCAGCUCUGCAAUUAUAUCAUGUUUUUAUGCAACCAUCUUUCACCUGACGGUGUAAAUUCAUCUCCCCAUAAAAGAUCUUUUUGUGCUCAGCUUUUUCCCCAAUCAUGACUGACAGUCAUUCCAGUUGUGCCAUCUGAGUUUUUCUCACACCAGUCUCUCAUGACUUCUCCCAUACAGAAUAAUCUAAAUUCAUACUGAUUCUAACAGGAUAUCUGGAUGUUUUAGUAUCUGCCAGCUUGAACUUUUUAUUUUUCUGAUUGCCAAAUGCUCUUUCUUUCCUCCUUCAUAUUUCUUCAAGCUACCCCUUCUGUUAUUCUCAUAACCUUGUAUGUCUUCUCUAUCUCAUUGCUGCAUGUUUGUCUAAGGGCAAAAUGUCACGGGGACAAGAAAAACACAAUGUCUAUCUUCCAUGAAGUGUGGCAUUAAGUUUUAAGUGUGACUGAGUGUUUUAUUAGAUGCCUCUUUUCCUCAGUCAGGGGAUAUAAAGAAGAACCAAGUAAAAUUCAAUGCCGACUUUUUGGUUUUAAUGGAAGAUAACAGUUUUUCACUGACAGACUCUCAGCUGUCAGGCAUAUACUCUAGUACCUUAAUUCAUGCCUGAGGAGAGUAGUCAGGCUAAGCAGCCACUGACUCCUUUGUCAACCAGAGUCUUUCUUCCUAACCUAGAAAAUUUUGUGAAUUAGUGUGAGUAGAGUCUCCCUUAGGAAAUAAAGUAUUUUGAAGUUACUUCAGCAGCAGAUCACAAGCUGUCAAGAAGAUGCAUUCAGUCACACCUAAGGACAGAUUUAUUACAUUCAAUCUCCAGGGGACCUGCCUACUGUACCUUGAAAGAAUCCAGCUACUUAGUUUUUGUGAAAUCCCACAAUGAUGCCUUCUAGGAACACUGAGAACUGCUAUUUCUGGGGGAAGGGUGAUGACCUGUGCAUUGAAAUGACCUGCUCCAGUGGUGACAGUACAAAUUACUUCCAAGGAAAGGCUAAAAGGCCAAAUAUAUCUUAAGACUGCCCUAAGAACAUGGUGGGAAUUUCUCAUUUCUUUCCUCAUAAAGACUGAGGACCAGGAACUGUAUUUCCUCCCUCUGUCAUAUGUAGAAGAUGCAAAAUCACCUGUUUGUCUCGGGUAAUUUCUGCAGAGCUGCCCUGCUGCAGCAACACUUCACAGUCAGGGUGUCCAUUCCAUUCUCUGUUGUGCUGAGACCACAACAGAGACAGAGUUCUGCCCACGGGUGGAGUCACCAACAGGACCCUAAAUAAGAUUUAAAAAGCAGAUUAGGUUCCUGAAGUGAAUAUCCUGUUAAGGACCAUAAAUAAAUAAAACCCAUACACACAUUGAAUAUGAGCAUAAACUUUUGAUCAGACAUGACUGCUACCCUAAAUUUAUAUAUCCAUAACAUGCUAUACUUGUGCCACCCAUGGAUGUGUAUUUAGGGAAGCUCUUUCUCAGAAACUUCAUUCAAAAUUGAGAUGUAGUUUAAUGAUUAAUUGCAAAUGUAAAUUGUAAUUAACCGAUUACCUGGGGAGGUCUGAUAAUCAAAACUAUAUAUUCUAAUUUUUUGUUUAUAAAAAAACCCAUUCUUUAAAAAAACACCAAGCUAUCAAACAACAAACAAACAAAAACCAAACAAAAUCCCCAGCAAAUGAAAUUUUAAUUUACUAAGGAAACUAAGGUGGGAAAAAUGUAUUCACUUUCAUCUUACCAUAAAUCAUAUUUAAAUACAGUGGAAAAGGCAAUUUCCUGAUUCAUAUGUUAGAAGUAUAUAUAAAAAUGUAACGACCCCAGAAAUAUUUAAAAUACUGAAUUUCUUUUUUCCAGAUACUCCUCCUCCAUCAUAUUUGGGAAAUAGAUGAAAUAUUUACUGUAUUAUUCUAAACCAAGUUUGUAUUUUUGUGUGUGAUAAAUUUGUUUACGUAAAGAAAUACCUAGCAUAUAGAAAAUACAACUGCAUAUAUUUAUAUUUAUUUAUUAAGUUAAUUUAUUACUACUUAAGAAUUCACUUUGUAGCAGAGAUUAAAUAGUGUUACAAAACAGUAACGACUAAAGGAUUUUCAUUCUUGGGUGAAAGCUUCUAGAAAAAAAAAAGACAAAUUGUUUGCAAAUUUUAAUUUUGCAAUGAUACACAUACAUAAAUUUAUUAUGAACUUCUAAAAUUAAAGCUUUAAUAUUAAUGUGAUCUGAAUUAAAGAAAAGCAAUCUCUUGCCUGCAGAGCUCCAGAAAGAGGCAGUGAGCUUUUCUCUGGGAGAGACUGAUGGUGUUCUCUCUGUUGUGCAGUGAUGGUGCCAAUGCCCUCGGUGCUGUUACAUACAGAACCUUACAGCAUAGAGAAACUGUAAUUAUAUGUUUAUAACAUAUAAUAGAAGAUGUUGUAGAAGCUGCAAUAUAUGCUGUUUCAGAGGAGUUGCCCCCUCUAAAAUACCUGUUCAUGUCAAAAAGCAUUUUGGAGCACUGACAUAUAGCAGUGAUCAUGCUUACAAAUACUGUCCUAAACUUGUUAAAAUUCAACUAAAAGUUUUUCAAAUAAAAGCUGUCCAGUUUUUCUGUCAGUUUUUAGUAUAUCUGCUCUACACUUUAUUCAGACAACAGGUUUGUUAUUGUUUUACUUGAAAGUACCUGUCUUUCUUCUGAACCCUGAAAUCAGGAUGGAGCCACAUCCCACGUCUUCUGCUUUGAUUUGUCAUUUUACAAACCCUCCUUCUGUCCUUCAGCUUCUCCCUGUAAGAAACAAUACCUCUUUCUGUUUCCUUCCUUUUGUCUUGACUCCUGCACUUGUAAGCUCAGUCAUGUGGUAACUGCAUGUCUUACAACACGUGGCAAAGCCAGGCCCCUAUUUCAGUACUCAAUGCUAAUAGUACAGAACUGUCACAGACACCCAACAGUCCUAGAGCCAUUCACAUUUUCAGGUUGAAACUCUGAAGCUGAGCAUCUCUGAAAAUUACUUCCUGUAUUUUGAAAAAAACCCCAAACCAAAACAAAAAAAAACCCCACCACAGAAACAGUUCAGGUUCUCUUGAGUUUAGGAAAAAAUAAAAUAGCAAACCAGAGGAUACUGGAUUUACCACACAUAGUGAAGCAUGGCACGGAAACAUGAUAUACUGAAAAAAAGCCUUUUUCUCUAUUCUAAACGAGUUGGGUUUGUUUCUAAACUUUUCUAAAACUUCUAAAACUUGUAAGGGCCUUGCAAGUCUCCAGAGUUUCCUCAUUCAUGCAGGCAGUCCCAUUAGAACAAGACUUAAAUAAAACCACCUCUAGAACCAAGGUUUCUGGGAUAAGUACAAAUGGGAAGAUCUGUUAUUAUUUUUGAAAAGCAGUAAAACAUCAAGUUGCCUAGUGAGAAAAUGCAGUGUUCUGUCUGGAAAGGCUCAAGGCUUGAGUUCAGAAAACUGGGUCAUUAACAAAAAAGCCCCAAAACAGAACAAGAUUUCCUACUUGGGCCCCUCCCCAUAUGAGUGGUUUUAUAUCACAUUAUAUUCCAAAAAGCUUGAUCAUUUUAAAAAUGAAACUUUUCUGAGUGUAUUGAAAACAGAUGGAAAUUAAUCAAGGGGCCAAGGCAGAAAAAAGCUUUAAUGAAGAUCUAUUUAAGCAAUAUUUUAAAUAAAUAAGUCAUUUGUCUGAGAAACCACAUCUAUCAGAAAUAUAAAUAAUUAUAUAAUGAACAUAUAAACUACAUUUCCUGAAGUAAUUCCUGUCUUGCUACAUUUCCUGAAUUAUUUGUAUUAUGAAACAGUAGUGGGGCACCAUUAAUUGAUACACUCAGUGCUAUAGUUACUGCACUAAUUGCAGCUCUCCAGGCCCUCCACUCAGCUCCUCCACCCUUUAACAAUAGGGAUUGAUUGCACAGGAGCUAUUUUUAGAAUGGAAUUGCAGAAGACUUUGGAGAGAAGCAGACAUUUUUGUGUGUGCUACAGCUGUUUUGGAAAAAAAAAAGUUGAAUAAAAAUGUUCAGAGUUGUUUUUUUGGAUUUUUUUUCUGAAGUCAGAGCUUCCUAUUGGAUAACUGAUAUUGUAUCAAGUUGAAACUGAGGUCAGUGGUGCAGGACACAGAAGACAAGGCUCAGUGACAUUGUUCUCAGAAGAGGAACAGCUUUUUUUGGAAAUGGGACUGCUCAGGUUGACAGUAGAUGAACUCUGGUGGGUUGGGUUCUGCAGACAGGCAAUCCAGAAGUCAAGUUUGCAAUUUAAAAUACCAGUGAUGAAAGGCAAGAUUCAUUAUUAACUUGGUGGGUUUUUUUCCCCAGCUCUGAAGUGGAGCAGUUAACUCAUUGUUUGGGAUUGUAGGUCUGCUUCCAAGAAUGCUUCAGCUGAGAGCAAACAGCCAAGAUUCACAAGGGCCAGCCGAUGCUGAAAAGGUGUGACUGGGAGGUGACACCCAUUCAGUUCAUGCCUGCUUGGCCUUUUGUUAAUUCCAUCCUGCUGGCCUGCCUUGCAAGAGUUCAGCUGGGCUAGAUAAACAACUGGACAGGACUUUGUUGCUAAUCUGUUCUAUGAAAUCAGGGCUGUCAUCAUCUCUGAAUGUUUGUACAACAGGAGGCAAGGCUUGGAGGAAGAAAAACAAGCAGAAAUAUGUAGGAAGAAGAAUAACCAGCUUUAUAACUGAGAAAGAAACCACAAACAGCAAGGGGACAAGCUUGUUUUACCUUUGUAAAGUAUUAGUGACCUAUCACCAUUUUCAGAGUUAAUCAUAUCAAUAGCAGUAAUACCUUGGCAUUGUUACACUGCACUGCAUCAGCAAAUUUGAAGUGUUAUGCUAAGGAAAAGAUUGUCCCCAUUUAGUUGUGAAAGUGAAUGGUUUGGCUGUGGUUGUUCAGAAGCUUGGCAGAGUUAGGGAGAUAAUCCCUGUUUCAUGCCUUAAGCUGCAUUUCCUUUUUCAAUGGGAUGCCAGAAAGCAUUAUGGACUUACACACCUAUAAUGUGUCAUUACUUCAUAUCUGCUAAUUCCCCUGGACAUGAGAAAUGCACCCUUAGUGCCACUCAUCUUUGUAUUCCUUCAGAGAAAACAUACAAAGAAUAUACUUCAGUUUCUACAGUAAUAGCUUACAAUACUGUUUGCAUAAAAAAAAAAAAAAUCCCAACAAAAUUGAAGUAGUUAAUCUUGCCUGAAUAUGCUGCAAGAGAUUCUCUAGCAUCUCUUUGUCACUGAAUAUAUUCCAAUCUUAAAAGGGGUAAAUUUUAGAGAUUAAUGGAUGAUAAGUUAGGUACAUUAAUUUCGUAUUAAUAUGAAAUAUAAUUAGCUUUUGUAUCUAGCUUGUUUUACUGUAAUCUUUGUUCUUCCUCAAGUUAAGUGCAGCCCUGGACUUACACAUUACUCUUAGGUAAAUGACUCUUCCCUAUUGAUAUCCAUCCUGGGUUCGCAAUGCAGCUGGAAUCUGGCUCCCACUGAAAAGUGUUUGAAUUGGGAGACUUUGCCACUUCAUUUGGUGUCAUGCCACCUCAGACACAUUAUCAACACAAAUUCCAAAAUCUGGUCUAAUGCUUGGGGCUUUUUGGGUGUGCUUUCUAAAAUAACCUAUGUUAAAAUAAGCCACUGUUUUGAAGAGGGUUAAUAGAAGAAUGUUUUCCUGGUAGUUAUGUCUUCACAGAACACAGUGACAUCUUGUGGCAUGGGAAGGGCUGGUGUCAUUUUUUUCCAGAUGCAUCCUCAUUUCAGCAGCAUUACAGAUAAAAGUCUAAACAAAUUCUGGACAACUGCUAAUGCAUUACUUCCAUCUGUAAUAGUCACUCUUUCUAAAGUUUUUUUUAAGUACAGGUUUGUCUGAAAUACUCCUUUAGUUGUGAAAAUAGACCAAGCCAUGGUAUUGUAAAUGGUAGUGUGUUGGAGCUUCACUGAUUUCAGUACACUGAUAUUCCUUGGAAACUUUCAGCUCCAGGAAUGUUCCUGUCCCAGCCUCACUGGUACAAGAAUCUGAGUCAGAAUUUCAGGUGCUUUACUCAAGUUAGUGUAUUAUCACAGAGGGACAAAGUUGUCCAAUGUUGCUUUUGAAAAGAAAACACAGUAACAUUUUAUCAUAAAGUGGAGACUUUUCCUUUUUUGUCUUUUUGCUGACCAAACAGGGUUUAACCGUGUCCCUGAUAUUUUGGGACCCUUCUCUGACAUGGCAGCCCUUAGCAAGUUGAUCCUUGGAUAAGAUCCUGGUUAUCAGCAUGAAGGGAAGAGCUGCCGGCGGUGCGCGGGGAGCGGCCGAGGCGCAGCAGCCGCGUCCCUGUGACCGAUACAAGCACGCCUGUGCUGUUUGCAGAGGCUUUGUUUAUCUCUACGGAGGGCACGGCGGCAGCACCACGCUGAGGGACUUCUGGAGAUACCACACAGUGAAAAAUGAAUGGAAAAUGUUGGAUUGCUCAAGAGAUGGUCCAGAAGAACUGGAAGAACAUUCAAUGGUGGCUUAUAAGGGCAGCCUGUAUAUUUUUGGUGGGAUGGUGGAUUCUGCUUUCACACAAGCAAAAACUCCUCUCUGGAUAUAUGACAUUGAUUCCGCAAGAUGGACAGAGAGCUGCAACGAACCAGCAGAGACGGAGGGCUCUGCACCAGCUAACAGAAAAGGUCACAGUGCAGUUGUGUACCAUUCCAGCAUGUACAUCUAUGGGGGAUACUUUGGCAUCAAAGGCAUUUCUCAAGAGUUUUGGGAAUUUCAUUUUGAUACAAGCAAGUGGUUGCGUGUCUCCAGCCCCUGUCACAGCAGCAGUCCCGGAGCACGGCACGGCCACUCGGCAGUGGUUUAUCACACAGCCAUGUACCUCUUUGGGGGGCUGGUGGGGCUCACUGAGCAGAGGGACUUGUGGAGGUGGGACUUUGGAAGCAGCAGCUGGUCCAGCAUCAGAACAAGCCAAGGACCUCCUCCAGUGGUAGGUCACGCUUCAAUAGUCUGCAAAGACUCAAUGCUGAUUUUUGGUGGAGGGAUUUCAAAUUCCAGCCCUAAUGAUGACCUCUGGAAGUAUCAUUUCCAUACACAGACAUGGAAGAAGCUUAGUAGUACUACAAAGGGAAACUUUUCUCCUAAAAUGUAUCACUGCAUCUUAGGAAUUGGUGUGGAUUUCCAAACUACCUCAGAUUUCACUGAUACAUUCCCCAGCCACUGCAAGAGUGAGCAGAAGGACCAUCCCCAGCUGGUGCCUAUCCUGAGGCACUCUGGCUUUUGCAGCUUCUUCUGCCCACAGCCCACGGAACGGAGCAACGCCAUAGAAAUGAAAACCUUCAGCCUGCCCCUGGAGCCAGCAGAAUUCCCUGCCUUGCAGACCACUGCAGAGGCAGGGCUAGGCCCAAAGAGAGAUGGGAGCUGUUUGUCCAAGGACAAGUCUCUCCCUCUGUUGGCUUGUUCGGGAGAGGCUUUUGCCCCUGCUCAGGCUAUGAGUGAAGAGGAGAGACCUGACUGUGGGUGUGUGGCCACAGGGGGUGGCCACACACCCACAGUCAGCAGGACCAACACACUGCUGCUCAUUGGGGGCAAACCUUUGUCCAGCUUCUCUGAGAUCUCCUUCAGGCAAAUGGAGUUUGAUUGCUUGUGAUUGCUUUGCUUGCAAAGUGAAGGAAUAAAUUUCCACCACCGUGGCAGUAGGUGGAAAACCAACUGCUUGCAACUGUCUUCAGCUUCCUAUCAGCACGCUGGGGAAAAAAAUAAUUAAACCUUCUCAUACUUGCUGCGAACAGAUUUUUUACAAUGUUAACAAAACCUGACAUAUAUUUAAGUCACAACUUGCAUGUAAGUUGUGAUUUCUGAGAGGAGCUUGUUGGAAUGCUGCUCUUUUUGUUACUUUUCUCCUGGUCACUUCAUACUCUUUCAAAUUGCCAGUGGCUGAGGCUGCCUUGAAAAUCAGAACUGCAGUAGCCCAUGUUGGCUCCACAAGAUGCCAUUUCAAGGGCAAAGCUUGCUCAUCUAGCACUGGCAUAAGAGAGAAAUAGUCACAUUUGAGGUAUUCAAUUAGUUGUAACAUGAAUGUUCUCUAAUAUUUUAUAUUCUUGAGUAUCCUUUGCACAAUAUAUUUGCAACAUGAGAUGGCCAGUGACAAUGGAACCCAACAGACAAAUCAGCAACUGAGUUCUAGAAGAUAUUCAAGGAUUGUAUAUAACCUUGAGGAAGGGAAACAAUGAGUGCCUCCUGGAAAUCAUCGGCAAGGACCAGAGGAAGGGCAUUAUACAUUAUACAAAGGAUGUGCCAAAUGAGUGUUGGCUUUUAUGGCUGAAGACAGAAUCAAAAGGGUUUCAUUUCCCACAUUGGGGUGGGGAGGGAACAGAAAGAGGAGGGCUUGACAGAGUGGCACAAAGCAUGGGCUGUUUUGACUGGUAACUCAUGUUUUAGCCCUAAAGAGAUUUCUGCUUUUCCAACUCUUUUUUCACCCUACAUAGUACUUGUUACACAUUUCCUCUCUGUAGUAGUAAGUUCUGAGUUCAUAUAUAGUUUUUCUUUUCUGAAAAGAAAAAGUGCUUGUUUUGCAAGGUAAUAUUGUCCAGCGUUCAAAGCGUUUAUUUCCAUAGAAGUUAUUAAAUGCUGGUCUACUGACAGAACAGCUGCUGUCUGUAAGAACUGCUGGUAUCUGAAAUUACCUGGAAGUGAAAGUUAGUACUUCCAAAUAUUUGAAAAGUUCACUUUCCAAAAGUUUCAUAGGAAUAAUGACUUACAAGUACUUUACAGAUUUAAAGAAUAUUUAGAGAUACUUUUAUCAUGUCUUCACAAGUAACUGUCAUGUGAAUUCAAUAGGAAAAUUAUAGAUGGAUUUGCAAAAGCUAUUUAAGAGUUAUUUGGACCAUCCAUGACCCUUACCUGGAAACAGAGAGGACUGUACACUGCCACAUGAAUAAAGCCUGCUCCGUUUCCUAUCAUAUUCACCUUUGUGCUCAUAUUCACCUUUAUGAGUCUAAAAUACGUGUUUGUAUUUUUUAACUGAACAAAGAACUUACCUUUCUGACCAAGGAACACAUUUCUGCAAGCCCUAGUCAUUUCCCUGCACUUCAGCCAGCUUUGAGGGCUGACCAGGCUUUGAAUUUCUUCUCCAAGACAAGAAUUUCCCAGUUUGAGGAGGUUUGUUUGGAAGUGACAUCAAUACCGCAACUGAGCUGAGCACGUACUCAGCACUGCAGUCUUAAAUCAGCAGCUUGUUUUCCUCGUGCUGACUAACAUGUCUGUUUUGGCUUUAUCCUGAGAGCUACCGUAACAUACAGCCUUUUAUCUAGGAUUGACAAGAGAAGGAAAUUUAACUGGAAAAGGCAACAAUAAACCAGUGAUUUUUCCAAGUCACGCG